UUCCACUCCACUCUCAGCAUUUGUCGCAUCAACAUUGUGUUUACACGCAUUAGCUUGUAUCUUACACUGGUUAUUAUUUGAAAGUGUUUAAGAUCAUUUUUGGUCUUGUGUUUGUAUUCUGGUGCUUGUGUUUCCGACCAUUUAUUUCUUAACUGAAGUGCUGUUGGCUCCUCCGCCUCCGUUCACGUCUGUGCAGCCAUACAAAGUAAAAGAUUGAGACGCUAUUGUGUCGCAAUGCAAAGCCCGAUAAUUAGUAAAGUCAACAAACCUAUUUAAUUGUUCCCGUAAAUUAGCUGAUUGUUCCUGCCGUGUAAUAAAAAACCGCCAAUUCAUAAUGGAUAAAAAAUUCCUCAUGGUCCUUAUCCUAGGAUUCGGAUUUAUGUUUGUUUUCACAGCAUUUCAAACAAUAUCUAACAUAGAGAAAACAAUUCUGGACAGUAUCUCGCAGGAGGAUGUCAGCUUUAAGGGCGAGGGCUACACAAGUCUGGCCAUCAUCUAUCUUUUCUUUUCACUCUCUAAUUGGUUGGCGCCCUCAUUUAUCUCAUUUACCGGACCGCGCGUGGCAAUGGUCGUGGGCGCCCUGACCUAUACCGCUUUUAUGAUCACAUUUAUAUUCCCAUCGACUUCGCUGUUGUAUGUGGGGAGCGCUGUGCUGGGCCUGGGCGCCUCCAUUACCUGGACAGGACAGGGCACCUAUUUGGCGCGUUGUAGCGAGCCCUCGACGAUAUCGCGCAACUCGGGCGUGUUCUGGGCUCUGCUUCAGUGCAGCAUGUUUAUAGGCAAUCUGUUCGUCUACUACCAGUUCCAGGAUAAGUCACAUAUUGACAAGGAAACGCGACAUUUGGUAAUAGGAGUGCUCACCAUUAUUGCCGUACUGGGCAUCGUGUUUUUAGCAGCGUUACGCUUUAUGGCCGAUAAUGCAGAACAGGAUAAUGAGCUAGAGGAGAAACAGACGGGCUGUGGUCAGGCAGUAUAUGCUCUAAAGUCGGCCGGAAAGCUAUUCUUCACGCGUAAGAUGCUGCUUCUCAGCUUGGCAUUCUUUUACACAGGUCUUGAGCUAUCAUUCUUCAGCGGCGUGUUCGGAUCCUCGAUUGGCUUUACCACACGCAUAGCCGACACACCUAAGGAGAUUGUCGGCCUUGUGGGUAUUUGCAUUGGAGCCGGCGAGGUUUUCGGUGGCGGUUUGUUUGGAAUAUUGGCCUCGAAGACAACUAGAUAUGGACGCGAUCCCAUUGUCAUCGUUGGCUAUCUGUUGCACAUGACUGCAUUCUUCCUGACGUUCAUCAACUUGCCAAACAGCGCACCAUUUAAGGAUACCACCGAUAUAUCUUAUCUUGACCCGCCCAGUGCUGGCAUUGCACUGGCCUGUGCCUUCUUCCUGGGCCUGGGCGAUGCCUGCUUCAAUACGCAAAUCUACUCGAUGCUGGGGGGAGAGUAUGUGAAUAAUGCUGUGGGCGCUUUUGCUCUCUUCAAAUUCACACAGUCUGUGGCGGCGGCCAUUAGUUUCUUCUAUUCUGCACAUAUUGGACUGUACGUGCAGUUGGGCAUACUCGUGGUCACAGGGACGAUCGGCACGAUUGCCUUUGUCCUUGUCGAGUGGAGCUUUAAGCGACAGCAUCGUGAGCAGGAGGCGAUACAGACACCGAAGUAAAAGUGUUGUCAACGAAUAGCAAAAGAAUUUAGCCAGUAAGCGAUUUGUUGUCCGCCCUAGGGUUAAAUAGCUGAACAUACAAUAUUUUGUUAGUCUAGCACGUAUCUGUGUCUAGUUGUUUGUGGAAUUCUACAUAAGUGCAAGCGCCGUCGUCUUCCUAGACAAUAAUUAUAAUUGUUGUUACUGUAAUGUCUUGUUUUUUGGGGCGCAUAUUCCAAUAUUGAACUUCCAAAACGUAAGUAUAGUUAUAUAUGUAUGCUUUUAUAAAUGUAUAUUGUGUAUGUUUACAUGUACGUUUAUUUUUAAUGUUAUAUAUUAAGCAAUAAUGUGCAAUUGUAAAGUUUUUGGUAAAAUAUUGUAAUUUGUUUAUUUAUUAAAUAAGGUAGUAGCCUGUAUGGCAUGCCAAGCUUAAAUAUAUUAUAUACAACUUUCA